AGUUUUGGCUGAUUGUUGUCAGCUCUUAUGUAACGCAGUAUGUAAACGGAACUAAGCUUAUUUCGGUAAAGCGGCAUUCGCCUCGGAGCUUCCUCAUAGUUUGCUUUUGCUAUCCAACCAUUCUUCUGCUAAACUAUCUCUCCAUACAGCGGCUCGCAAUCAGACCACUUGCAUAUAUAUAUAUAUCUAAUUCUCCGUCGGUUCUUCUGACCAACUCUCCAUUUCAGUUCUAUAUUUCCACCCAGCAAACCACCAAAAACCAUGGAGGCGCCUCCAAUUCCUCCAGAACAAGGCACCACCACUCGAGCGAGCUUCCCGCAAACCCCCGACGAAUUCGAUGACGAUUACCGGAUUUCCUAUUCUAAGCUCGAUAAAAAAUACCACUUGGAAGCGGAGGAUGGGUCAGAAUGGGAGUAUGAUGAUGCGCUGAAGAGAUGGGUUCCCUUGGUGGACGAUGCCCUCUUAGAACAACAGAGAGAGGCGUAUAAAGUUGAAGGCGUAGAUGAACACGAGCCCGCCGAUCUCAAACAACAGCAGCAACGACGACUGAAACGGAAGAAUUAUACCAAUGGCGAAGAGGCCAACAAACAGACUCAGGCGCCCAAAGCCAAAAGACCUCGCGUAAACACCGCCGUCUACGUUACGUCAAUCCCACUCGAUGCCUCACUGGAAGAAGUGAACGAUGUAUUCAGCAAAUGCGGCGUCAUCGCCGAGGAAAUCGACCGCCGGCGGCCACGCAUAAAAUUAUAUACUGACGACGAAGGGAAGUUCAAGGGAGAUGCACUGAUUGUAUACUUCCGCCCCGAAUCUGUAAACCUUGCCAUCCAGAUGCUUGAUGAUACGGAUUUUAGAUUUGGAGAAACAGGCCCCCAGGGCAAGAUGAAGGUGCAGGCGGCAGAUUUCUCAUUCAAGGCGCAAAAGGAGGCACCCGCCAAGCCAAAUAUGAGUGAGAAGAGGAAAAUCAUGAGGAAAACUCAACGGUUGAAUAGUAAACUUGCCGACUGGGACGAUGAUGAACCAUCGACGGUCCCACCAAGUUCAUCUCGAUGGGAUAGGGUGGUUAUUCUGAAGCAUAUGUUUACUCUGCAAGAACUCGAGGAGGACCCAGCUGCAAUCCUAGAUAUCAAGGAAGACAUUCGACAAGAAUGCUCAAAGCUAGGCGAGGUCACGAAUGUCGUAUUGUAUGAUAAAGAGGAAGAGGGUGUGGCGAGCGUCCGGUUCUCUGAUGUCGAAUCAGCAAACAUCUGCGUUCAGAAAAUGAAUGGCCGCUUCUUCUCCGGCACACGGGUGGUAGCAUACAUCGCCGACGGUAGCGAGCGGUUCAAGAAAUCGAGCUCGAAGCAAGCAGCCGCCGGUACUACUCUUGCUAAUGUUGAGGCGGAAGAAGAUAGUGAACAGGUUGAUGAAGAGGAGGCUGAGCGGCUGGAUAAAUUUGGGUCGUGGCUAGAGGGUGGGGGUUGAGGGGAGCCGAGGGGGCCGCUUCGGUUGGAGAUGGUAAGAACGGAAUGAAUAGAAAUGGGUACCUUGCUCCUCGUUGAAAUAUGUCGAGGACGGGUUAUGGGAUGUGUUCUUUUUCUCUCUUUCUUUGCGAAUCCUUCGGGAUGUUGACAUGGUUUGGUGUUUGGAUGUCUAUGUGGAAAGAAGGGGGAAGGGGAAUGUUGAAGAUGAAUGAAUGAAGAAUGAAUCCCUUUUUUUUUUCGCCUUCUCCUUUAUCCAGGUGAGGGAGAGCACUUUGUUUCUUUGUAUUUUGUUUUUCCCCCAUUUUUUCGCCCUCAUCAUCUUAUGUGUAAUUAUCACUGCUCGCUCGUCAUUCCUAUUCUAACAUUUGAUUUCGUUCCCGUUGAAAGGGGUCAGGGGAGAUUAACUAGGUUUAGAAUUAGGACUGGGACUAAGGAUUAGGAUGUAUAACAAAUGAUUAGUUACCCAUCAAGAACAGUAUUUUCCAUCACUGUGUGAUAUGGAUUGUAGAUCAGAGGAUUUAUUCUCUGGCUGGAAUAUAAUUUGACAUAACCAAUGUUGAGUGAGGAUAGAUAUAAGC